GCUCCGAAAUCUAUUAGAAAGAAUCGGCCUUUUAAAACGUAACGGCUAACGUUGAUCAGUCGCGGUAUCAGAGAAGAACUCGUCGUCGUCUAAUCAUUUGAUUCGUCGGAGAUCAUUUAGUGGAAAAAAUCGUAAUUAAUAUACGCAACGAUGGAUGAUCUAAGCAAGGAACAAAUUGCUCAUCUCAAAAUGGCUUUCGACGCCUUCGAUCACGAGAAAAAGGGUUGCAUCAGCACGGAUAUGAUUGGUACGAUCUUAGGGAUGCUGGGACACGAGCUGAUGGAGGAUACGUUGACAGAAAUUAUAGCAGAAGUGGAUACUGCAGGCACUGGCGAGUUGAGAUUCGAAGAGUUUUGCAUGCUCGCGUCACGAUUCCUAGAAGAAGAUCAGGAUACCGAAGCCAUGGAACAAGAAUUGCGCGAAGCUUUUCGUCUCUAUGACAAGGAAGGCAACGGUUACAUAACUACAGAUGUAUUUCGCGACAUUCUUCACGAACUUGACGACAAAUUGUCGCCUGAGGAAUUGGACAUGAUGAUUGAGGAAAUUGAUGCUGAUGGUUCGGGCACUUUGGACUUUGAAGAAUUCAUGGAAGUCAUGACGGGUUAAUGACGAAGCAACUAAAAUUAGGUCAAAUUCAAAAAAUCAUUUGCAAUAUAUUAGAAUUAUUUUCGAAUAAUACUAAAUUCUCUUGAACGAUAAAAUUAUUUUUUUUUUAAUACCUGUCAUCAAGAAAUACCAAAUUCUCUCAAAUUGCAUCGCAAGACCGGUCAACUUUUUUCUAUGUAUUUUUAUUACAAGUGACAAUAAGUACGAAAGGUUUAAUUAAAUAUUGUGUAAUAAUAAUUUUCGUUA